AUGGCUGAGCAAUUUCUAAAAAUAGAUUUCGAAGCAAACCAGACAUGCAGUAAACUAAGCCAUAAAGAAUGGAAAAAACAAAAGCGAAAGCAAAAAAGACAAAUUCAAGCUCGACAACAGCAACAGGGGAAAGAACAAUCAACGGAGAGCACUGAUGAAGAGGAAGUGAGAAAAAGGAAAGAAGUUGAGGAGGAAAAUCAGAAACAGAAUGCCAUCUGGCAGGAGAAAGAUGCUGCUGCACACGAGGAAUGGAAAGCUUGUAAAGAGAGAGAAGAGAAAGAAAGACAGAGACAAGAAGAAAUGGAGCGGAAAAUAAGAGAAGAAUGGGAGGAACGCCAGAGGCAGGAAAAUAAAGAACAAGAAGAGAAGGACAAGGUGGAGAAAGAAAGAAAAGACAAGCAGGAAAACCUGCUUAGGGAAGCAACUGCCCAUGAAAACAAGGAGUGGCACAACCCUCUGGCACCUGUACGGUAUGCAGAGAACAGGGAGGAAGUGACAAGGGAAAUCAAUCAUUGUCCAUUUUUCACCAAGACUGGUGCUUGCCGAUAUGGAGAGAGAUGUUCUCGAGCACAUUUGCGGCCUGAUAGCAGCACCACAUUGCUUAUUCCUGGGAUGUUCCAAAACUUUGAGCUGAAGAAGUCCAGUGUGGAUGAUUUUGAUACUGAUAUGGGUUUGGAAUAUGAAGACAAUGAUUUAUACAACAGCUUCCGAGAAUUUUAUGUGGAUACUCUGCCUGAGUUCAAAUCUGUGGGUAAGGUUAUCAACUUCAAAGUAUGUUGUAACCAUGAGGCACACCUUCGGGGUAACGUCUAUAUCCAAUAUAAAAGAGAAUCGGAUGCCCAGAAAGCCUUUGUGAAGUUCAAUGCACGCUGGUAUGCUGGUCGCCAAUUGUCCAUUGAGUUUGUCAACAUUGCUAAAUGGAAGUCAGCCAUAUGUGGUCUUUUCUUCCGGAAGAAGUGCCCCAAAGGAAAAGCGUGCAACUUUCUCCACGUCUUUAGAAAUCCUGGAAACGAGUUUUGGGAGGCAGAUCAGGAUCGUGGAGUAUCUGUACGAGGAAGAUCGCUGCAUCAUCGACAUAAACUGAAAGACACACCAAAACAUCGCCACAAGCAUCAGGAUAGGAUUCACAGGAGCAGAUCAAGGUCAAAAGAAUCAGUAAGGUCCCAUAGAAAGAAAAGAAGCAGAUCAAGCUCUAAAGAGAUGAACAAGCCCCACAAAAAGAAGCGCCGCCAUUCCAGGUCAUCCAGUAGAAAACAUCGUCAUAGGUCCAGAUCAAGGUCAAGUUCUAGGUCUUUAAGCAGAUCAAGAACAAGAAGCCGAUCUAGUUGAAAAAAAUAUAUUAAUGUAAGGAUCUAAAAAUUUGUUGUGCAGAUUUCUUGAGUUAGGUCUGGCUUCAGAUCUUUUUUCAACUCAAUCAAGAAAUAGAGCUGAGAAUGGUAAACAAACAAUUCAGAUUGGGAGUUUUGUUUUUGGUUGUUGAUCCAGAUCUUCUCUGGAAGUGAAUAGGUGACAGUGGCCUAUGCAUCCUGGAAAAUGAAGACGAUUGAGCUUGUCAAUAAAUUUGUGCCAUCCUAUUGAUAGUGAUGAUGGAAAAAAAUAGUAAAGAAGAAAUUCCAGUGCAGGUCCAUUUCUUGUCCUUGAAAAUAGAUGGGUGGAAACCCAUGACAGCCACUAAGAAAAAAAGUAAAGCUUUGGCAAGAAAUAACAGGUGUCAACAAGUGCAUCUUCGGUGCCAGCUAUGGCAUCCAUGUUAGGAAAGAACAGGAAAACCAACAAUUUUUCAUGUAAACAUUCAAGCACAGCAGGGAGAGUUACGGACAAAAGGUACUAGAAGUUGUCAAGAAAGUUUUUACUGCUGAAUUGCUAUGUCCAUUCUGAUUCUGAGUUAUUAAAAAAUGUUAAAAGUA